AUGGCACCCCCUGCGGGACCGGCGGACCGUAUUCGGUAUUACAAAGCUCCAGAGUGCUUUUUUACAGCUGGCAUACUUUCAAUACUGAUUAAAGCAGAUUGGACGGAUAGAAUACAGUACGUCCACGUUGGCCUUGCCUUGUACUUGAUUGGUAUCGAUGUUCUCGUUAAUCAAAUGGAUCAACUGACCGCUUCUCAAGUGCCAUAUUCUGUUGGCCACCAACGAAAUUCGAGACGUAUGGAGGCAACCUUUGCCGGACCUUUGACUGCCUCACGCUGGUUUUUCACUGGUGCUAAUGCGACCAGCCCUGGAACCACACAGUGGUCUCACUUCAUACCCCACCCUUGUAAGAGUAAUCUCGGAUUUGAAGAUCACUUCUCACCUGCGAUAGCUUCUGCGACCUACUUGAAAUCACAGAAGAAGCUUUAG